AGAAGCGAGUCGUGGAUGUGUACUUUUUUGUAGAAACUAUUUAGAUCAAUUUUAGUGCUCAGGAUCGCCCGCCGAUCAUCGCGUUUUGUGUGGCUCUGCAGCAACCGAAACUGCCGAUAAAGAUUUGUUGUGCGCAGCGGAGCAGCAGCGUGAAUUUGUGUACAGAAAGUCAACAGAAGCAACACCACAGCCAUGGCCGAUCCGCUGAGUUUACUGCGGCAGUACAACAUCAACAAGAAGGAAAUUAUCGAACGCGAUGGCCAAAUCAUAUUUGGCGAGUUUAGCUGGCCAAAGAACGUGAAGACCAACUAUUUGAAAUACGGUUCCGGCAAGAAGGGUGCACCGAAGGAGUACUACACAUUGGAGUGUUUGUUGUACAUUCUCAAGAAUGUGGGUCUUCAGCACUCGGUGUACGUUCGACAGGCGGCCGCCGAGGACAUACCGGCCGUCAAUCGUCCCGAUCGAAAGGAAUUGUUGCAAUAUCUCAAUGGCGAAACGAACACCUGCGCCAGCAUCGACAAGAGCGCUCCGCUGGAGAUUCCGACGCAGAUCAAGCGUCCGGCGGAGUCGGAUGGGUUGGACAGUCUGGCGAAAAAGGCACGCUACGAGGACACCCAAGUGCAGAAGGUGAAGGAGCAACUGGCCGCUCGGUUGGAUGUAAAUAAGAAGGAAGCUUCGGUCAACAUAGAUAACAUAAAAUCUCUUUCGGACACGAUGUCUGUGGAAAAGAUUGCCGCAAUCAAAGCCAAACGUUUGGCAAACAAAAAGGUCACGAUCAAACGCACAGAUAACGACGAUGCCAUGGGUGUGGGACCGGAUUUGCGGGCUAUUUUGGAUUUUGAUGUAGACUCGACGAAGGACAUCAUUAGCCGGGAGCGGCAAUGGCGUACGCGAACUACCAUCCUACAGAGCAACGGAAAAAUAUUCGCCAAAAAUAUCUUCGCCAUACUGCAGAGUAUUAAGAACCGCGAGGAAGGUCGAGGACGUCCACAAGCACCGCCGGUCAAGCUGCCAGAACCACCGCGUGUCAUCCGACCGCAACCCCAACCGACCCAGUACAAUCGAUACGAUCAGGAACGGUUCAAUCGGCAAAAGGAAGAAACGGAAGGCUUCAAGAUCGAUACCAUGGGUACCUACCACGGUAUGUCGCUGAAGCUCGUGACGCAGGGAUCGGCCGGUCAGAACAAGGCCGCCCAGCAGAACAGCCUAAACAACAAUAGCAGCAACAGUAACAACAACCUUUCGGGCAAUCUUCCUCCCGGUCGACCGAAGGAACUCAUCUCAACGGCACAGGCCAGGCUGUUGGCGCAAAAUACGCCAAACAAGCGGACGUCCCGUACACCCAUCAUUAUCAUACCGGCCGCAACGACCAGCUUGAUCACGAUGUACAACGCAAGAGAUGUGCUGCAAGAGUUAAAGUUCGUCACAACUGAGGAAAAGAAGCGAUCCGGUGGUGCGCGUGAUAAUGAGGUGCUGAUUCAGCGCCAGAAAGCCGGUAACCUAACCGUACCCUAUCGGGUGAUCGAUAACCCUACGAAGCUGACGGCGCACGAUUGGAACCGUGUGGUGGCUGUCUUUGUCAUGGGACCGGCUUGGCAGUUCAAGGGUUGGCCAUGGGAUGGAAAUCCCGUAGAAAUAUUUUCAAAGAUUGCCGCGUUCCACUUACGGUACGACGAUCUCAAGCUGGACGCAAACGUGGCCAAAUGGGCCGUGACGGUGUUAAACAUUUCGCGAACAAAACGCCAUCUGGACAAGGCCUGUCUGAUGGCAUUCUGGGAAAAGUUGGACCUCUACAUGACCAAGUACAAACCGGAGCUUCGAUUCUAGGCGGGUCACCGGAGUAUAGUACCAACUGGUUACAUGGUGAUUAGACCUGCUCAUCUUUUUUUUACGUCUUCAUUUCUUCCACCUCUACGAUCGUACCGAUCCGAACGGAAAGCGGUGAUUUCACAGAAUAACAUAAUAAAAAGGUUAGGCAAUCUUUUAAUAGAUUAUUCUAUGCCGCGUACGGCGAUGCGUACCUUACACCAGAAAGAAUUCUACAUUAUGGCCCUCGUGUGUAUCUAUUAGAAAGUUACAAAAUUCAAUAAACGAUCUUUUUAAGUACAACA